AUGACAGAGACCGACAUAAACAAGCUGUCGGUGUUCCACACUAAAAAUCUCAAGAGAAUUCUGAGAAUCUUUUGGCCCAACACCAUCUCAAACCAACAGCUGCUUGCCCGAUGUAGUCAAGACAACAUGGAGACUAUCAUCAUGCGAAGGCGAUGGAGAUGGAUAGGGCAUGUCAUGAGGAAAGAUCAGGACAACAUCACCCGCACAGCCCUUCACUGGACACCAGAGGGGAAGCACAAAAGAGGCAGACCAAGAAACACCUGGCGCCGAAAUGUAGAGACAGAGCUCAAGACAAUGGAACAGAGUUGGGGUACCAUCCAGAGGCUGACCCAGAACCGGCAGACGUGGCAAUCCUUCGUAGCCGCCCUACAUGCCACAUGGCAUAACGGGCAUGAGUGA